CACAGCGCCAGAGUCCCAGCUCCCAGGCACGCAGACUCUGAUCCCAUAAUGGCCCCUAUAAUAUUUUUGGGCAUUUCCAUCCUCUCAGCCCUCUGCCCUAGUUGUUCAGCAUCUUCUUCUCCAAUGCCGCCUGCCACCAACGCUACCGGCAGGCGCAAUGACCUUGCCGCGCUGCUGGCUUUCCAAGCCCAGCUCUCUGACCCCACUGGCGUCCUUGCCACCAGCUGGAGAACCAACGUAUCCUUCUGUCGAUGGAUUGGUGUCUCAUGCAACCAUCAUCGCCGGCAGCGUGUCACGGCACUCUCGCUGACUGAUGUUCUGCUCCAAGGAGAACUCAGCCCACACCUUGGUAAUCUUUCUUUCCUCUCCAUGCUCAACCUCGUAAACACUGGCCUCACUGGCCACAUCCCUGCCGAACUUGGCAUGCUAAGUCGGCUUAAGGUUCUCUCUCUUUUUGAUAACGGCCUCACAGGCCCGAUCCCAUGUAACAUAGGAAACCUCACAAAACUUGAGGACCUUCGUCUUAGUUACAACCGCUUGACAUAUGAGAUCCCGCUGGGAUUGCUACGAAAUAUGCACAGCCUGAAGAUAUUGUAUCUUGCUAGGAAUGAGCUAACAGGCCAGAUACCACCAUACCUGUUCAAUAAUACUCAAUCCCUAAGGGGAAUCAGCUUGAGCAACAAUAGCUUAUCCGGUCCAUUACCACACAAUCUAGGUUCCUUGCCCAUGCUGGAAUUCUUGAACUUGGAAGUAAAUAACCUGCUGUCAGGUACAGUACCCACAACCAUCUAUAAUAUGUCUAGGCUGCGGUGGCUUUAUCUCUCGGGCAACAACUUUACGGGUCCUUUUCCUACCAAUCAAAGUUUUAGCCUUCCUCUGCUGAAGGAGCUUUCUAUCGCGCAGAACAACUUUGUGGGUUCGAUUCCAUCAGGACUGGCAGCAUGCAAAUACUUAGAAACUCUCGAUCUGCAAGAAAAUUACUUUGUGGAUGUCAUUCCAACAUGGUUGGCUCAACUACCAUGUCUCACCGCACUUGCCUUGGGAGUAAAUAACCUUGUUGGCUCUAUACCAUCUGUUCUUAGCAAUCUCACCCAUCUCACCGUGCUAACACUCCUAUUCAAUCAGCUAACAGGUCCAAUUCCAGCUUUUCUUGGGAACUUUUCAAAAUUAUCUAUGAUAAGUCUAGGGGCAAAUCAGUUCUCGGGCCCAGUCCCAGCAACACUUGGGGACAUUCCAGUUCUGGGCCAGCUAGGUCUUGGAUCCAAUAAUUUAGAUGGGAACCUUAACUUCUUAUCCUCCCUUUCCAAUUGUAGGAAACUCCAGGUCAUUGACCUUUCCAAUAAUUCUUUCAUUGGGGGGCUCCCAGAUCAUACCGGAAACCUAUCGACAGAGUUAAUUUCGUUUGCUGCAGAUAGUAACAAGUUAACAGGUAAACUUCCAUCAACACUGUCAAACUUAAGCCGUCUUGAAGCAUUAAAUCUUUAUAAUAACCUAUUCACGGGGGAAAUCCCAAAGACUAUCACAAUGAUGCAAGAGCUCGUCGCGCUUGACGUCACUGACAAUGACUUGUCCGGCUCUAUACCGACAAGUAUUGGCAUGCUUAGGAGCUUACAACAGUUCUGGCUUCAAGGAAACAAAUUCUUUGGCUCUAUACCCGAGAGCAUUGGCAACCUUAGUUUGCUAGAACAAAUAAGCUUAUCUAGUAACCAGUUAAAUUCGUCUAUACCAGCAAGCUUGUUCCACCUAGAUAAACUUACCAUACUAGAUCUUUCUAGCAAUUUCUUUGUUGGUCCACUGCCGAGUGAUGUUGGUAGUCUAAAACAAGUGGUUUAUAUUGACCUCUCAUCUAACUUUUUCAAUGGAACUAUCCCAGAAUCGUUUGGACAAAUUGUGAUGCUCAACUUCCUAAAUCUAUCACAUAACUCAUUCGAUGGACCAAUCCCUGAUUCUUUUCGAAUGCUUACUAGCCUAUCAUAUUUGGAUCUCUCCUUCAAUAAUAUCUCAGGUACCAUUCCCAUGUUCCUUGCUAAUUUCACAGAUUUGACAACCUUAAAUCUUUCCUUCAAUAAACUACAAGGGAAAAUACCAGAUGGAGGUGUUUUUUCCAACAUCACGUCAAAAUGUUUGAUUGGAAAUGGUGGGCUAUGUGGGUCUCCCCAUCUUGGAUUUUCUCCAUGUCUUGAGGGCUCUCACUCCAACAAAAGAAACCUUCUAAUUUUCCUUCUUCCAGUUGUCACUGUUGCAUUUAGCUCUAUUGUUCUUUGUGUCUACAUAAUGAUCACAAGGAAAGCUAAGACCAAGCGUGAUGAUGGAGCUUUUGUCAUUGAUCCAGCAAAUCCUGUAAGACAGAGAUUAUUCUCCUACCGUGAGCUCAUUUUGGCCACCGAUAACUUCAGCCCUAACAACCUUCUGGGAACUGGAAGUUCUGCAAAAGUUUUCAAAGGCCCACUGAGCAACGGUUUGGUUGUUGCAAUAAAAGUUCUAGACACACGACUAGAACAUGCAAUUACAAGCUUUGAUGCUGAGUGCCAUGUGCUUCGCAUUGCUCGACACCGCAACCUCAUAAAAAUACUAAGCACAUGCUCCAACCAAGACUUUAGAGCACUUGUGCUACAGUACAUGCCCAAUGGUAGCUUAGAUAAGCUUCUACACUCUGAAGUUACAACAAGUAGCUUGGGAUUCCUUAAGAGGUUGGAGAUCAUGCUAGAUGUGUCAAUGGCAAUGGAGUAUUUGCACCAUCAGCAUUUCCAGGUUGUCUUGCACUGCGACUUGAAACCUACCAACGUGCUAUUUGACAGCGACAUGACAGCACACGUGACAGACUUUGGCAUUGCAAAAUUUCUAUCAGGUGACGACAGCUCCAUGGUCACUGCAAGUAUGCCUGGAACACUUGGGUACAUGGCACCAGAGUAUGGAUCAUUUGGGAAGGCAUCUCGCAAGAGCGAUGUGUUCAGCUUUGGAAUCAUGCUUCUUGAAGUCUUCAUCGGAAAGAAACCCACCGAUCCUAUGUUCAUAGGAGAUCUGAGCAUCAGGGAGUGGGUUCGUCAAGCAUUCCUGUCAGAGAUUGUCGAUGCUCUAGAUGAUAAGCUCCUGCAAGGUCCUCCCUUUGCUGACUGCGAUCUGAAGCCCUUCGUUCCACCAAUCUUUGAGUUGGGUUUGCUCUGCUCAACUGAUGCACCUGACCAAAGAUUAUCGAUGAGCGAUGUCGUAGUGGUACUCAAGAAAGUAAAAAAUGAUUAUAUCAAAUCCUUGCCAGCAACAAGGCCUGAAGCUGCCCAGUGAUCUCCCUUAUCUGUAUAUCUCUGUUCUGUGUUCUUUCGCUUUUGCACUAGCAGAAGAGCACGAGCUGCAGCAAACUCUUGCACAUCUUACCUACUUCCUCCUUAGUCCAUUAACCAGUGUUUGUUCUGUUCAUGCUUUCUCUUAGUUGUUGAGUCUGAGAGAUGUUUGCGUACUGUGAACUGGAGAUUUAAUCAUUGUGCCUACUGUAGCUGAAGUCCUAGACAUUCUUUUUUUACUAGGACCCACCUUUGAUUUAAUUCGGGUGUGCUUCUGUAGCUGAAAUGGUUGUGGUAAUAGUUCGCCAUAUUCUAUCUGUUGAUGCUGAAGA